AUGGACUUCCCAAAUGUGCCUCCCAGCUUCAUGCCCCCAAGUUUCCCUCUCAUACCCAUUCCUCGCCCAUGCCCUCAUGUCCACCAAGCCGUCAAACUGAGCCAGUUCGUCAAUACAGCCUCUGGCCACUUCAUCGACGGACACCAGCAAUUCCGCACCUACCCCCUGAAAGACUCACUAUCCCCGGGGGUCCCAGUCCACAUGUCGCCCACUGGCGAAACAAUCUGUGCUCGCUGCAAGGUCUCCUACUGCUGCCGGGACCUGUUUAUGCUCCACCUCGAGACUUCUCUUGACCACAACCUCUGCGUCCUCUGCCACUACACGAAGGACUAUCCGACCUUCACUGAACUCCAAGACCAUCUUGAGCAGGAGCAUCUCUGGUGCGAACCAUGCAACUGGUUUGCGCCUUCCUAUGAAGGCCUAAUGCAGCAUUUCCAGCACUUCCACUUCAUGUGCUCGAUUUGCAAGGAGUGUUUCAGAAACGUGAACGAGUACACAGGACACGCCAACACACACCGUCCUCUGACAGUGGCCUGCCCCGUCUGCCCCGAGAAAUUCGCUCUUCGCUCCGCCGCGUUCAAUCACAUCGAAUCCGGGACUUGUACCGGCGGCGCUACCACAGAGGACAUUUGUUUCGUCGUCAGGCACUUUUGGGCCAAUCUGACGCCUGAUCUCAAGGGGUACUGGGUGUCUGACAGUCUUCUGUUUACAUGUCAGCCCUGCCAUAGGCAUUAUCAGCGCUUGAGUGAUCUCUUGCAGCACAAGGAGACCAAGAGUUGUCCAGAGGGGUAUGGCAAGGGGAACAGUAUGACCGAUCGGUUGGUGCAGUACGUGCAGCAACAGCUGCCUGUUUUAAUCGAGAAGCGGAAGGCAGAAGGGAAGCUGGAAUCAACUGUUCAGAAACCAAAGCUUGUAGCUCCUGCAGCUGUGGUUCAUCCUCGUGUCCAUAUGUUGCGAAGAGGACGUUUGUUUUAG